CUGCCGGCGCGGUCCUUUCGCGGGACGCGCGCAAAUGCGACCUCGUAUAGAGCGGGCUGCUCGUGUGUUUCUUCCUCGUAGCUGCUGGGGCUGGAAUCCUAUACAGCCCUGCGCUAUCAGCGUGAGCAUUAUGCGGUCCUGACCCCUAUAUCGUCCCACUGGACCCGGCGCAGUCUUUUUGCCUACUUAAAUGUGAAUGCGCCCCAGUCCAUUAUACCUUCGAUCCAUAGCCUUCGAAAUGGACAACAAGAUACCCUCUACCCACGCUGUUGAGAUAACCAUGGACGACGAGAAAGCUUCCGUACGCCACCCGCCCCAUAUGACCAGCUGCCACUCUGCUAACGAACCCCAGAUCAAGGCCAACAACCACCUGCAGGUCCCGCCCUGCAACUACCUCAAGGUGCCAAAGGUCGCUUUGACCAUCACCAUCCCGUCGUCUGUUCAACGCCAGAAGACCGUCGAUCUGGAGGCCCAGGAACUAGAGCUUGCCGCAUUCGAGCCCCGCCUCCAAAUGAUCGUCACGGCGCUGAUCAUACUUGGCGUCCUGAUCUCGGCUUGGGUUGCCUACAUGGCCGUCCUUAUUGCCUGUGAUGCUCCACCACACAUCAAGGCCCCUUGA